AUGGUGAGUGGUCACAAGAAUUUCAUGAAACUGGUUGGAUGCUGUCUAGAAACUAGAUUCCCAUUCAUGGUUUAUUACGGUGAAGAGAAACAAUAUUCUACGAUAGAUCUAAACAUUGUAGUGUCGUGGAAAAAGAGAAUGAAAAUAGCUGAAGGGGUUGCAACUGCUUUAGCGUAUCUUCACACUGCCUUCCCAAGACCUUUCGUGUACGCGAAUAUGAAUCUUCGGAAUGUAUUACUGGACGAGGACGGGGUCGCGAAGCUGAGCGACUUCGCGUAUUGUGUCUCGAUUCCCAAAGGUGAAACAUUUGUCAAGCUGCGUUACGGAGGUGGAGCGUAUGAUUAUAUUGAUGAUGAUUAUAUGGUUAACGGCGUAGUGUCCGAGAAAACCGAUGCGUUCGGAUUUGGGAUUCUCAUGCAAAAGCUUCUUUUAGGAGAAGAAAGAUUCCGUGAGGUGUAUGGUCGGAAUCUUGAUUGGAACCGUUCGGAGCAAAAGGUUCCAAAAUGGUUGCCUAAAUCUAUUGGUGAAGGAAGAAUCGAUGAGAUCAUAGAUGAGAAGGUGUUGGAGAAAAUGGGGGAGGUUGGAGAAGAAGAACGUUGCCAGAUGGAAGCUUUCGUUAUCCUCUCGGAAAGAUGCAUGGGUGAUAGAGGGGAAGUUCCAAGCAUGGUGCAAGUGGCUAAAGAACUCAAGAGGUUUGUUAAAAACGCUUCAGCUUGCUCCUGA